AUGCAGCGCACGGCCGAGCAGGGAGGCCUCGAGAUGAGUCUUCGCGAAGCACUCGCUUCCCAGAGCACAUCUGGCUCUGCUCCUCCACCGUAUCCCCCCGCUGCAGCUCCACACCCUCAGCAUGAGCCGCACCACGAGCAGCACCCGCAGCAUCCAUACCCACCAUCUGAAGGCAGCCCCCGCGCGCAACACCACCAUCUUGACCCGAGUGUGACCGGCCAGCAAAUGCCAUAUGCUAUGGCGAGCGAUGAGCAGAUGGAUGAUGGCAUGAGUCCUAAUACUCAGAAGGGGAAGAGGGAACUUUCUACUAGCAAGCGAGCUGCACAGAACCGGGCUGCGCAGCGUGCAUUCCGUCAGCGUAAGGAAGGAUACAUCAAGAAGCUCGAAGAGCAAGUCAAGGACUUUGGCAAUCUGGAGCAAAACUACAAGGCGUUGCAAAACGAGAACUACCAGCUUCGCGAGUACAUUCUGAAUCUGCAAUCUCGCCUGCUGGAGAAUCAGUCCGACUUCCCACCCGCUCCAUCCCACAUCAACCUUCACGCCGUUCCGCAUCCACCGGGCGCUGGCGCAGACGGCACCUACGCCGCGGAGCAGCAGCUUCGACGCGAAAUGGAGCAGCGGCACGAGAUGGAACAGCACCACGACAUGGAGCAGCGGAGGCCACCGCCGGCGCCUGUCGUUGCCGGUGAGGAUCCAGUUCAACACGAUGGAAUCAGUCAACUUCAAGCAGCGGCAGCGCAGGAGCGUGCAUACCCAGGUGGUGAUCCUUAUGCUGGAGCACGUUCGCAUGCGGAAGACAGUGGCCAGGCGAGUAGUGAUGCGAAGCCAGUAUCGUAG